UUUCGCUAGGCGCCGAGGUGGUCACUCUGGCUGGAAAACGCCGAAAAAAUAAAUAAACCCUUGCAUUAUCACAUUUUUCCGCCUGGCAUCAACUCUUACUGGUGACCAGAGAACAGGAAGCCACCAAGAAUGGCCAACCGCACGGUGAAGGAGGCAAAAAAUGUGCACGGCACCAAUCCGCAGUACCUCAUCGAGAAGAUCAUCCGCUCGAGAAUCUACGACUCGAAGUACUGGAAGGAGCAGUGCUUCGCCCUCACGGCGGAACUGCUGGUGGACAAGGCCAUGGAGCUGCGUUUCGUGGGCGGCGUCUACGGCGGCAACAUCAAGCCCACCCAGUUCCUCUGCCUCACGCUCAAGAUGCUGCAAAUCCAGCCGGAGAAGGACAUCGUGGUGGAGUUCAUCAAGAACGAGGAGUUCAAGUACGUGCGCGCUCUGGGAGCCUUCUAUCUGCGGCUCACGGGAGCCGCGCUGGACUGCUACAAGUACCUGGAGCCCCUGUACAUUGACAACCGCAAGCUGCGCCGCCAGAAUCGCGCCGGCCAGUUCGAGAUCGUCUACAUGGACGAGUACAUAGACGAACUGCUGCGCAACGACCGUGUCUGCGACAUCAUACUGCCCCGCAUCCAGAAGCGCUCCAUUCUGGAGGAGAACAACGAGAUCGAGCCCAAGGUGUCUGUGCUGGACGAGGACUUGGACGACGAGCUGCCCAGCGACGAGGAGAAGGCGGACGAUGCCAGCAGGCCCAAGGAGAACUCUGCCUCAGUGCGGCGACCGCGAAGAGCCCGCUCCAAGUCCAGGUCGCGCAGUCGGGAGCGCGACCGGAGAUCUGGGCAGGGCAACAACGCCCGCUCCCGGGACUACUACGAUGAACUGGAGGACUACGACCGCCAGCGGAACCGAGUGCGCAACCGGGACAACCAGAACGAGGACUAUGACCGCCGGCAAACCGGUGGGCGCCAGGAUCGGGAUAGGGAGCGCCAGGAUCGGGACAGGAUGAGGGAGCGGGACAGGAACGGGGACAGAGAUCGCCGGGAAAGGGAGCGAGAACGCGACCGCGGACGUCAUGAUCAGCGCGAACGAGAUUCGCGGGGAGAACGAGAUCGACGCCGCUACUAAGAUUAAGUUUAAAUUGAAUCAAUUGACCAGUAAAAAUAUAAAAAACUU